AUGGCUUCCAACCCCCCCGGACCUUGCUGCGCCACUGGCUUCAAGCAUGAAGGCAACCCAGUUGGUGAGAUCAAGAACGUUAACGGCGUCGAAACCUACAUUGUCUACCCCCAGGAUAAGAGCACCGAGAAGGUUGUCGUCUUCCUGAGUGAUAUCUUCGGUAUCUAUAUCAACGCCCAGCUCCUCGCGGACGAGUUCGCCGCCAAUGGAUACACUUGCGUCAUCCCCGAUCUUUUCCAGGGAGACCCUAUCAAGCUCAGCGACAUGGAAUCCGGAAAGGCCGACCUCCCCGCCUGGCUCCCCAACCACCAGCCUAGCCACGUCGACCCCGUCGUCGAGUCUACUGUGAAGUACGUCCGUGAGGAAUUGGGCGCUAAGCGUGUCGCGGCUGUUGGAUACUGCUUCGGUGCCAAGUAUGUCUGCCGCCACAUGAAGGACGGUGAGAUCGACGUUGGUUUCAACGCCCACCCUUCCUUCGUCACCCACGAGGAACUCGGUUCCAUCACCGGUCCUCUGUCUAUCGCUGCUUCCGAAAUCGAUACCAUCUUCACUACCCAGCUCCGCCACGAGUCUGAGGAGACCCUGAAGAAGACUGGCCAGCACUGGCAGAUCAACCUGUUCAGCGGUGUUUCCCACGGUUUCGCUGUCCGCGCGGACUUGAGCAACAAGCACUUCAAGUUCGCCAAGGAACAGGCUUUUUUCCAGGCUGUCAACUGGUUCAAACAGUACCUGUGA